AUGGCAGCAGCUGCAGCCGCUACUUUUCGCAUGUUUUGUGGGUCUGCGAACAAUGGUGUCGGAUACAUGUGCUGGAUGAUUUGGUGUCAAGCAGACUGCGAUGCGGAGCUUGCAAGUCUGCAACUGCAGGUUUCGCGAUUGGGGGCCCUGGUGAAGGAGUCGAUAAAGAAGGAGGAGCCUGGCAGCGUCGUGGCGGAUGCAGCCAGUAGUGGCGGCUGGGUUGCCGGCACCGAAGGCCAAAAAGAGGAGCCCAUGCAGCCGCUCGGCGGUGGCGGGGAUUCCUCCAGCAGCAAGGGAGAGAUUGUGGGCAAGAACCACGGCAGCUGCUGGAAGGCGGCCGGGCAUAAGACCGGACUACGGGGAAGCGAGGGGGUUAACCCCCCCAGGCUGGACGGCCAAUUGAUCGGCAACAACGAGAGACAUGCACCUGUCGGCAACUCAAACGUGCCAAGCUCGGAGCUGUACCGCCUGCAAUACACCAACGACGAGGUCCAGAGGGGCCUCCACGCGUCCCAUUUUGUGACCACUGCCAUCGUCAGAGAAGCCGACAAGGCGAUCGUGAACAAAUGCGAGACCGCAAUAGGGAUCCUCGCGGAACUCGACAAAAUCUACGAUCCGGAAUCGCAGGACUCGAAACAAGCCCUCAUGAAGCAAAUGUUCAACCUCACGAUCCCCACACACAGCAGCAGAAACCCCAUCGGGCACCUGGCCGAGAUCGUCAGAAUCGUGAGCACGGUGCACGCGAGCCUUCCGGAGGGGAAGAAGGCCUCGAAGGGCCAGCGGAGGGCAGAGCACGGUGGCGGCGGCGGCGGCGGCGGCAACCGGAAAGGGAGAGGGGGUGGCGCGAAGGCUGGUGGCGGCGGGGGAGGCGGCGACGACGAUGCGGGUAGCAUGCGCGGUCGCUGUUUCCGGUGCGGCAAGAUGGGCCACCAGGUGGCCGACUGCACCGAGAGCAAGCCCGUGCGAUGUGAGAGAUGCAAGUCCUACGGGCACGACAAGAGCAAGUACCCGACCGAGGAGGCGGUGCUGGUGGUGGAACUGCCGGCUGGGGGGGCGUCUGCGAACGCCACAGCACUGGACGUGGCAGAAGAGGCGCUGGCGGUAGGUGGCAUCUCAGGCGAGUGUCACAAAGUCGUUGGUCGAGGGGGUGUAGAGCAGGCUAGGCUGGGUAGGUAUGUUGCCGAUAGCGACGCUACCACCCACAUGUUCGCGAACUCACAUGGGUUCGCUCGUUACGAAGAGUGUGAUCGACGUGUGCGCGUCGCCGCUUGAGAAACCUUUGUCCCCAUCGUGAGGUACGGCGAAGUGACGGUAACCCUUAGCUCGCGCGACGGCACAACCGACCUGUUGUUGAAACGGGUUGCACACGUUCCCCGACUAGAUUACAACCUAGUUUCUCUCACUUCCCUCUUCGAAGAUGGGUUCGAAACCAAAACCCUCAAUAGACACGAGUUGGAGUCGGAGAGAGGGAGGGGAGAGUCGGUGUACUUUCCCCGAUGCGGUAACCUGUACGUCCAAAACGGUUUCCGCACAAACACCGAACAUGCCUACGCCGCAAUUGCUCCUGGCAACGCGAAAGCGUCAACCGCCACCGUUGACAUCAACUAUUUGCACUGCGCGCACUGCCACUCCCACGAGGUGCUGCUGAGGGCCACGGCAAAGCAGCAGGGGACGACGCUGGUGGACCAGCUCCGGGAGUGCCUGGGGUGCUCGACGGCGAAGGGACUUUCCAAGGCCAUCCCCAACAAGACGUCGACCCGAGCAGCAAAGGAACUGCAACGAAUUUUCGUGGAUUUGAGUGAAAAAGCUAGGGUGCAGAGCUUCGGGGGGAAGUGGUACACUCUCAUUGUCAAGGAUGGUUACACAAGAUGGAACCGUGUAUAUUUCCUGAAGCACAAUUCAGACGCAGCUGAGACAUUCGAGAGGUACCUUGCAGACAACCGGGCAGACGGUGCCCCGUCCGAUGUCAUGGCCGUCAGAUUUGACAACGGUGGUGAGUUUUUUGAGGGAGAGUUCGGCAGGGUGCGCCGGAAGUACUGCAUCAAACAGGAGUUCACCCCCGCACACAGCCCAGAAUAUAACGGUGUAGCUGAGAGAGCACUGGGUCUGAUCAAGGAUGCAGCACUAGCCGCUCGUAUCCAAGCGCCAACUCUUCACCCUGGAGCCCCAAACUCCCCCCCCCUUGGGUCGAGGCCAUAGCUUGGGCAUGCAACGCCCUGAACUGCACCUCCACC